AUGCCCCAAGAUGAAGAGGGAAGAGAUUUCGGCCCUCACAACGGACAUCUAGGAACGUCCUGGGAAAUAGCAGUCAUCGUUGUCUUUGUGGUGCUACUCGUGGCUGUCGUAUCGACGCUCAUCUUCCAUGUGCGCAGGAAGCAGAGACGGAAGCGCCAGGAGCAGUACGACCUGGAGAGGGGCAGGCGCGAGCAGGCAGAGAAGGAGCUCAAUACCUCUGCGGGGGAUCGCAACAGCAGAAGGCAGUCCAGCUUUGCAAACAACUCGGCGGCUUCACUACCUAGACGCCUACCCCGCACGCUGCCCAGCGUUUUCGCGCGCGCAGGGAGGAAUUGCCCGACGGGUCUUCCGUACAUCCGUGCCAUAGUUAUCUUCGACCUCGCCUCAGCCGCUGCUGCGAGGUGGUGGAGGUUCUCCCACACAAGGGUCGACAAGCCAAGCGAAUGCCGUCUUCCAUGCCAGGAUGCCAUAUAUUCUGGAGCAGGCGGUUUGGGCGGCAUUGAAGGCCAAGGAUCCAAGGCUUGA